CUAUUUGGUCGGAUUCCAGGGAGUCACACCUGGACACUCAGUCCUGGGCUGGGCUCUCGCCCGGGACAGGCCAGUACAGAUGUAUGCUAUAUGCAUGUAUGCUAUAUAUACCUUUAAUAAAGUAUCAACAAGAAGAAAGAAGAGUAAUUUUAUUAUAUUUUAAUUUGAUUGAACCGUCACAGAACUCACUCUCACAGGCGAAUCAAUGACUCCGAGAUAUCCUACAGAGCUCUACCGGAACAUCACCAGGAAAUGGUUCCAGACUUUUUAGAAAAUCUAGAGAAUAUUCGGACAUGUGUGGACCACAACUACGAAAUCAUCAAGCUUAUUUUACAGGAUGCUGAGUACAUGUUUGAAAACCAGACACAAGAAACCAUACAUGAUUCAGUAGAAGACGUUAAAAAGACAUUCCCUACAUCUGCUGACAUGGACAAAGUGCGGACAACUCUGAAGCAGUUUGUGAGAGACUGGAGCCCCCUGGGACAACAGGAGAGAGAUGCCUGUUACCGUCCGGUCAUUGAGGAAAUCACACACAGGUUCCCAAUAGAUCUAUGUGAACGUUCUUCUGUGAAGGUUUUGAUACCAGGAGCUGGAUUAGGGAGGCUAGCUCUAGAGUUUGCCAAGUUAGGCUUCACCUGUCAGGGAAAUGAAUGGAGCCUUUUCAUGUUAUUAGGAUCAAACUUCAUCCUCAACAAAUGUCGAGAAGAAAACAGUCUGACACUGUAUCCCUGGGUACACCAGUGGUGUAAUAACAAAUACACGGAGGACCAGAUACGACAGGCACAACUCCCAGACAUCAACCCCGCAGGUAUUCCAGAGGAUUCAAACUUCUCCAUGGCUGCAGGGGAUUUCUUAGAAGUAUACAGAGAGCCAGAAGAAUGGGACUGUGUGGCAACUGUCUUUUUCCUGGACACAGCACGCAAUGUGAUAGCCUAUGUGGAGACAAUCUGGAAGAUUCUACAGCCUGGAGGAUACUGGGUCAACCUAGGUCCGUUACUCUACCACUACGCAGAAAUGGCAGAUGAACACUCCAUAGAAUUAAGUUAUGAACAAGUCAAGAAGGUUAUAAUAAAAACCGGAUUCCUAUUUGAAAAAGAAGAAAUGGACAUAAAAUCUUCAUACACACAGAGUGCAGACAGUAUGUUUCAGUAUCAAUAUAACAGUGUUUUCUUUGUGGUACGGAAACCUCUAUGACCAAUGGAGAAGUUGGUCUAACUUCAUAAAAAAAAAAAACUUAGAUUGUGAUGAAGUCUCUAUCUAAAACAAGAAUCAUCUUAAAGUUGUGUGUU